AUGGAGCUACGAAACAAGGAUAUCCAGGCUGAGCUUCGACAAGCCACGGACGAACUACGGACGGCGAACAAGGAACUCCGGUCGAUGAAGAACGAGCUACAAACGGUACAAGGCGAUCUACAAGCACCGAAGCAGCAAGUGGAAGACGAGAGCAAGAAUAAACAGGAUAAGCUGGGUACCGUCGCGGCCUUGGCCUCAGCGCAGACUAGCCCUAGCCCAACGUACGCUGAUGUGGCUCGAACGGCCCCGAAUAGCCAACCGAGCAAUCUUCGGACCCUUACAUCUAGUGAUACGACACCAUCCAACUUUACAGACACGCUGUACUGCACCAUUGAUACUUCCAAAGUCGAAGGCGAGGAUCCCACCCAGACAUCCGUCGGCGCGAUCCGGGUGAUGGUCGAGAACCGGAUCCGCGCCGGUGAAGGAGAAGCCGCGUCUUGGCGGUGCCAAGCGGUGACCAAAGACCCGAGAAACCCACACCGCAUCAGGAUUGCGUGCAGAACCGACAACGAACAUGCGAUGCUGAAGCGAGUAGCGGAGGCGAACUUGGUACCUGGCGCCCGGAUCCUCCGAGACGAUAUCCACCCGAUCCGAGUAGACAGCGCCAACCGCUUAGGGUUAGGGUUAGCUUAG